AUGGCUGACAGGAGGCUCCGACAUAUUUACGGAGAACUCUAUCCGGGCCGGAGCCACUCGCGCCUGAUCCUGCCCGAGGACUUCCACCGGGCAGAAGCGGCCACCACGCCGCACAUUGCGAGCGACUUCCGCCAGUGGAUGCAGAGCCUGAUCGGCGAACUGCGCGAGAUCUACGAGAUCAUCCGGAACAGUAGCGUGACCAUCGCGCAGUGCGCUCGCAUCGCGAGGCGCGAGCAGCAGCGUGUCGUCGAGGACACAAGGGAGGCGUAUCGCGAAUGGGCAAAUAUUAUGGACCAAUGGGAGACGCUCGACCACGAGAGGCAGCGGCUGCAGGAAAUACAGGACAGUAAUGAGCAGGCCAGCAAUGAUAUCGAGAAUCGUGCGAGAGUCCUCGCGCGAGAGAAGGAGGAUCUCACAGGACUUUGGGUGGACCUCAAGGAUGAGUUGAAGGAGCUCGAGCGGAAAAGGGCCGAGAUCCAGCGGCGGGAGCUAAGGUGGCUCGAAGAUGAGAAGCCGGAGGUUGCGGCGAGCGCUGAGGUUGAGGUUCAGGCUGAGAGUGAGGCUGAGACUGAGGAUGAGGCGACGGGAGAUGAGCCUGUAUCUGUUGGAUCUGCACCUGUGAGCUCUGGGGACGGUGAGGAGAAGGCCAACAUGUUUGCCGGCAUGUUUGAACCCAUUUUCGAGGCCACCACGCGGUGGCUUGCAAAGAAGAGUGACGAGGAACUGGGGGAUAAAUCGGACAGCGGGAGGAUUUUGGGGCUGCAGGACCAGCUGAGGCACUUGAAUGCAGUGAUGGAAGAUGGGUAUAGCUUGGAUAUCGCGGGGCGCAAGCGCAGCUUCGAGAUCGUGACUGAGUUAUGGAUGAUUGUGGAUCCUCCUGUCGAGGAGGAGAAACCCAAUCUCUCCUGA